CUACCUUUGAUUUAACCCAAAACACAGGUACAGCUACUUUCGAUUUAACCCAAGACACAGAUACUGCCACCUAUCAUUUAACUCAAGACACAGAUACUGCCACCUAUAAUUUAACCCAAGACACGGAUAGUGAUGAUACGAAUAAUUGUAAUAUGACUCAAGAAAUUGAACUAGAUGUGAAUAUAUAUAAAGAAAGGGAAAUCAGAGGUCAGUUGACUUUAGAUGAAUUUGAUUUCAACGAAGAGAUAAUUGAUAUUCAGGAAAAUGAAAAAGAUAUAUAUUAUGAAAAUGAAUCAAUUGAAUAUUCAAAUAUUUGGGAUUAA